AUGAUUAUCAUUGGGCAUCAGCCCCGUCAGCAUCAGAGCAUCCAAACAUCCCCGUCAGCAUCAGAAGGAGCAUCACCGCAUCAUCCCCAGCAUCAGGAAGCAGUAUCAGCCCCGUCAGCAUCAUCAUCGACAGCAUCAGGAAGCAGCCCGUCAGCAUCAGAAGGAGCAUUACCGGCAUCAUCAUCAGCGCCAGCCUCAGAAGCGUAUCGGCCCCCGUCAGCAUCACAGCGCCAGCAUCAGGAGCAUCUUCCACCAGCCCCGUCAGCAUCCACAGCUCAUCAUCGCCGCAUCAGGCAUUACCGGCAUCAUCAUCAGCGCCAGCCUUACGAAGCAGUAUCAGCCCCCGUCAGCACCAGGAAGCGUAUCAGCCCCGUCAGCAGGAAGCAGUCAUCAGCCGUGCUCAGCAGCCCAGGCCACAUCCAGGAGUUCACGCAGAGACACACGUCCUUCACUCACGCGAAACCGAGGCGCAAAAACAG